AGCAGGACGAGCAGUUGUGGCCGCAUGAUGCCCUCCCCAGGCAUCCUCCCCGGGUCGCGGCCCAGCAACGAUUCGAUGCGCAGUAAUACCAGCUGGCCUUUGCUUCCGGACGGUCGGCGCAAGAGUCAGCUACGCACUGGCCGCAUGGUCAUAGACUCCCCAACGUCCAUCGCAGUCGUGGGUGGCGCUGUGACGCCUGAGGAGGCACCCAGGAACCUCAGCACCGUCACUGGCGGUCCCCAUCGACUCCCAAGCGCUGGUGGCAACAGCGAAGGAAGUUGCGGCCACAGCGAUCCUCAACGCAGCGCGGGCUCUCGCGCCGAGACGCCACGCUUCUUUGCUCAGCGCUUCUACGAUAUACCGAGUACGGCGACCACUCCCAAGGAGACCGACGUACGCCGAUCCCGUCGAAGGCUAGUGGACUUGCCAGAGACCAAAUGUGUAGGAGACUCAGCUCCUAUUCGUCACGCCUCCGAACCUUCACGCCCAUCCACCGACUCAUUCGCAAGCCGCGACGAGGAGGACUUUUGGACGCCCUCCCGAAGCCCAUCUGCAGCGGCUAUGGUGCGCUCGGGACCCACGCCAGACCGCAGUAGUGCCUACCUAAUGCCACCAAUCGACCUUCACAAUGAUCCGUUGCCGACCACCGACAAGACCCAUGCAUGGCAAAGCCGAAGUCCGGUAAUUCACUCUCGACCCCUCGUGCUCCCUCAAGUGGCAACGCUGGCAGCAUUCGAACGCCAGGCGCGCCCUCGUGCGCCGAGCCUGAAGCAAGUGUACUGCCGUGACGACGAUCCACAGGAUGAGAUACACAGCGCCAGCGCAGAGCAAGCUCACUUUGGCACCGCUGCCGCCCUCGCCGCUCGCUGCCGUUCGCAUUCCACCGGCGAGGAUGCCCGCUGGUCCAUUGACUCAUACCGUAGCGACAUGGCCUGCCUAGGCGAUAGCGGCAGCGAAAACGGCGAUGACGGACACUACUACGAGCACGAGCAAGAUAGUCAUUCGUGUGGUGCCAGCUGCGACUCGCAUUCGCCAGUGAGCGACGCUGAGACACCUUCUACGCCCGUCCAGCUUGUUCAAGUUGCCAAGAAGUCGAUUGCUAGGACCGACGCCAUUCUUCUUGUUGGUCGCGGUGCCAAGCACUAUGUCGAAGCUGGGGUCCAAGCGGUUCCACAAAUAGGCCUAGCUUCUUGUGUGCCGGGCAUGGAAUUUUCUCACCACGAGGCCUCCCUGAAUAUCCGCCGCUCCCGACCGCAGCUCACCAUUGACACUGUCAUGUGCAACUUCACCGUCGCCAAGACAGCGUCUCUACCGCCAGCUCUAGCCGACUCCAAGCCGGAUGUAUCAGCCACACUUCCUUCCAUACCUGCCGUGGUGCAGUGCCCAAAUUGUCAACAUUGCUUCGACUGGGUCGGUGGCAAAGGAGAUGCCGCUGACCGUGAGGAGCACAGCAUCCAGCCAUCCGUCUCACCUGCUGUUACAGCCAAAUCUCUAGCUCGGGCACGAGUAGAGGCUCGCUCUGCCAUGCGAAGCUCCAGCCUGGGUCGGGUCGAAGAGCUCGAGAGCAAGGCAAGCAAGGCCAGUCUGCGAGCCGAAGCGCGCACUCAAGCAGCUACGCCUGCUUCGCUUUCCUGCAAAUACCGCAACAUCCGCAGCGCCGAUGGUCCACAAGGUACACCAAGCAAAGAGGGCAGCUUCACGCCCGCUAACGAUCUUCAACGCUCUGCUACGCCGCAGGUGGCCGGCCGUGACUAUCCCGCUGUCGACAUCUUCCAGGGUCGCAUCACGCCGGCAGGCAGCAUGAAGAGCCGCUUCGAUCCAAGCUCGCAACGCAGCGUCGCCACUCCCGAUCUACAACAGCACCACCUCGGUGAGCGUCCGUCUUCUCGCACAUCUUUUACCGACUCUAUCACCUCUAAGCUUCGCCACCACCGCGACUCAUUCUCAUGCCUGCCGCUGCCGGUCCACAACAACCCGAACUCCUCCGUCUUCACACCAGACAGCCGUUCAGGAUCGAGCGUCGGCUCACUAAGCGGGAUGGUCAGCAAGCUACCGUCUACGACGGCCCUGCCUUUACGUCGCAAGCACACACAGACGUCUGGCAAGUCGAAUGAGACGACAGAGACGACGCCUGCCUCGUUCGCGCAUCAUGCCUUGCCCGAACCCGUCGCUCAGCCACUCAACGAGGUCUGCCCGUGGGAAGACGAGGAGCAGCCACAGCAGGGCGCUAUUGCCUCUUGCAGCAAUAGUGUGGCUGCUGUGCGUGGUCAGUCGGCCCAGUGGAAGAUUGACGGCGCCGACUUAGAAGACGACGCUGACCUGUCGACCAUGGCGCCACGCACCCCUUCCAAGUCAAAGGCGCUCAAGGUGCUCGGUAUACCCGAUCCCGCCGCAUCGGCCAUAUCACUUUCCGCUGUCUCCUCGUGCUCUGCCUCGCGUUCGCUCUCCAAGAGAAGCGACAGCCGCUCGGGCAGUAGCGGCCAUAGCGCUGGCAGUCGCUUGGCGCGUCGCGUGUCCGUCAAGACCUCAAUCUCCUCAUCCUUUGAAGCCACACAUAUCUCUGGCUACUCGAGGAGCCCAAAUUUGGCUGGAGUUGGCGCUACGGCGAGCAGUCCUGCUCAACCCCAGUCUUCAACCGCUCACUAUGUGCUGGCAAGCGCCGCAAUUCCUCCACCCUUGGCAAGCGUCUUUGUCGGGAGCCGCUCGCGUCCUUCAAGAGUGCGACGUCAGCCAUCGACGCAGGAUGUGGGCUCGCAGGUGAAGACUGGUACCAGCAACACCAGUAGUGCGGUAGCCACGACUGGGUCGACGGCGACGUCAAACUCCGGGUGCUUUCCAACGCAGCGAGGCGGCAGCUACGACUAUCCCACGCAGGUGGUGGCCGCCAUACAGCAGCAAGCAGCAGCGCUUCCCUCGCCGCCAUUGCCCCCUCCUUCGUCGUCCUCUGCUUUGGCCGUGCCUCUCCAAGAGCCUAGCAGUAACAGCGCGACGCCAGUCACGCCCUCCUCUGGGUUACGCAAGCUUCGCCACGCCUUCAAAAGAGGAGCUGCGCGACCCGCAAGCGCUGGCAACAACGAGUACGGCGAGAGUCGCCCUCAUUCGCGAGGAGGCAACAGUGCUGGCUGUGGCGUCUUUGCGGCUGCCGCUGCACCGCACUAUGCACAUGCCGUACUCGCAGGCUCUCCCGCUAUCUGGCCAUCUACGCCCGAGAGGCCUAUGCACUGCCUUCCUCCUCGCCCUUGUCCUUCCAGCCCUUUGGCCUCGUCGGGCUGCACGCCCCUCAAUGCUCCUGCGCCUUCGCCCAAGUUGACCCUGCCGGCAGCAACUGCGGUAUACCCACGCAGAGUUCCCUCAGACGGCCUCGCCCCCCGUCGUGUCACCUCCAUCCGCCUGCCGCCUGUUGAGUCCCUCGAGUCUGUGCGCUCGGAGCGAGAAGAGAUCGAAGGCUUGGUUGGGGCGGAUGACCCGAAAGCGAGCAUCAGCGCUGGCCGUAGAACUACUCCCAUCGAAGGCGCACAUUCGACUUCUGCCGCUACGUCGUACUCAGGGUCAAGCGGCACGACGGACAUGCUUGACCUGCUUAGCACAGGCAAAGGCAUCUCGUCUUUGAGAUCGAGGCCCUUCAGGGCACCAUCGACAAAUGGAACUUCUUCGCAGUAUCCUCCUGCUCAGCAUCAUCAGCAGGACGGUCCACCACGCCAGCAAAGGGAGCGCUCCAAGAGCCUGACUCGCAGGAGGCGCGAGUUUGAGGCCUACUACCAGAGGAAUUCGGGAUCGGAUUGGAAUCCGAGGGUGGAUUAUUUAUGACCAUGUGGGGGCGCACUGUCUGCGAGAAUGCCGCUGCUGGCUUACUAUUCACGCUCUCUUUCGUUUCGUCGAUUGCUCCAUCUCGACUCGAUAGUCUAUCCGCACUCGCCCCCCUCCCUACCUCAGAAGAAGCAAGGCGGGCUGAGGUAAAUGUGAGGCUAUUCGCGCAGGGCAGAUGAAUUUAAUGUGGUCCCUUUGUUCAGUACAGCGAGAUGCGUAGAGGAAAGAGCGGGCAAAGUAGGCCAUUGACGCG